ACCGCACGGCCGGCGUCAGGCUCGAGACGGCAGGGAUUGCAGAUUUUCCCUGUCAGACAGACGGAAGGAAUGAGAAAGGGCGAAGGACUGGGGAGCCACUGACACACGGACAGACAGGGGCCCAGAGAGAGAGAGAGGACGAGAUGGAGGAAUGAAGGAAUCAUAUCAGGGAAUAAGAAAACGGCUGGAUUAAUAAUUGAAACCAUUACACUUUACAACCAGCGACACCGCAGAUGCCAUCUGUUUAGCAUCGGUUUGUGCAAUAAUCCCGUGUAUUGCCGCGAUUCCUUCAUUCAAGGAGAAAAAGCGGAGAGCCACCUGGCUACUAUCAUAGAGCGGAGUACAAUGACAACCUGGUGAAUGUAGGAUAAUCUAUCUAACCAACGGAAUGCAAUACAACCGGAAUAAAGGACCGUUCCGGGUGAGCAUCACCAACCGGGAGUGAUGAGAAGAACCACGGGGAGACAGGACCGUGUUUCUGCUGUCGCCUGUCAAGGGUAUUCUUCCUGUGUGUUGUGGACUGAACAUUUAUUCUUCCAGCACCCUCCUCCUCCUCCCCUCCUCCACCGGUGUCGUCUGGGGGUUGUAACAUGGAGAGCUCCAGUGGCUCUGGGAUCAGCGAAUCCACCAAACCGCCAAACCACCAGUUGGAGAAGAAACGGUUAAACCGAGCAUCGUCUCCGGCCAGGCCGUUCCUGAAGGAUGUCCACUCCUUCCGCUCCUCGCCCAAACCAACGGUUAUCGUACCAAAAUCCCCCAAACUGACCAAGCAUCAGCACUCUUCUCCUGUGCCCGUGUCAUCCAAUCAAAGCCGCAUCACCAGGCGCACCCCAACCGGAGCGAAGGAUAACAAACCAGCCGCGGUGAAAAGUCACAGCACCAAGUCCUCCACAGGCACGAAAAAGACUGUUAAGGUCAUCCAACAUGCAGCCCCGGAGCAUAAAACGACCACCGCCAGCAAACCGACUUCGGACAGCAGUCCACACCUCGCCCUCAAAGCCAAGAAGAGUAAAAUAGCCACUCUGACCGCGUCUCACCACCGCCCACUCAGCCAUGCCUCACCAAUCCGCGUCCCAACCGGUGCUAUCCCUGUCGGCAGGGUCAGUCAGACGGACAGCAACUCCGAUCUCUCCGACUGUCCCUCUGAGCCCCUAUCCGAAGAACAACGCCUGACCGCGGCCGCCAGCAGCGACGGGGAGUCGGGGGGCUCUGGGUCCAGCGACAGGGAUCAUGUGGGAGCGGAUUAUCCUCUGCAGGCAGGAGCAUCAGCAACAGACGCGGCAGGGGCUACUGCUUGUAGUGGUGGGCUUUCAUUGCGCACCGCGGAGGGUAGCGCGGAGGGUGCGGUAGUGGCAGCAGCGGGGAAAGGCGGCAUGGCUCAGGCUCCAGGAGCAGGUGCUCACGGUCACGGAGGAGAUGGGAGUAAACAGGAGAAAUCAUCAACAAGCGCACCAUUUAUAAAACCGGAAUGCAGCAAGGAGAUAACCGAUGAGGAUUUGAUACGGGAAAUCGAAGACCUACGUUCUGAAAACGACUACCUCAAGGAUGAAGUGGAGGAGCUGCGUGCAGAGAUGGAGGAGGCCCGGGACAGUUACCUGGAGGAGGAGGUGUAUCAGGUGCAGGAGUUACAGAGGGAGUUGGACCGGUCCAAUAAGAAGUGCCGGAUCCUACAGUACCGUCUCCGUAAGGCGGAGCAGAAGAGCCUCAGAGUGGCCCAGACUGGACAUGUAGAUGGAGAGCUGCUACGCAACCUGGAACAGGACAUCAAGGUGGCCAAAGAUGUGUCAGUGCGUUUGCACAACGAGCUGGAGAAUGUAGAAGACAAGAGGACCAGGGCUGAAGAUGAGAAUGAGCUGCUGAGACAGAAGAUCAUCGAGGUGGAGAUCUCUAACCAGGCUCUGCACAAUGAACUGGACAGAACCAAAGAGACUGGUACACGACGGAGAGGAAGCAGGGAAACAUUUAGGGACAAGAAGUCUAUGAACCAGGAGGACAGUGCAGAUCUCAGGUGUCAGCUGCAGUUCUCUAAGGAAGAAUCCACCCUCAUGCGUAAGAAGAUGGCCAAGCUGGGGAAGGAGAAGGACAAGCUAGAGCAGGAGAUCCAGCAGUAUAAGUCAAUCUACGGGGACGUGGACAGCCCUCUACCCCUUGCAGAGCUUGCAGGUGGUGGGCCACACAGCACCAGGGAGGCUGAGCUACGGCUCCGACUCAAACUGGUGGAGGAAGAGGCAAAUAUUCUGGGGAGGAAGAUUGUAGAGCUGGAGGUGGAGAACCGAGGCCUGCGGGCUGAGAACGACGACAUCCGCUGCCAGUACGAGAGGGACUGUUUCGGCCGGGAGCCCUUCAGCAGCAUGCCCUCCUCCCCGUACGGCGGAGACGCUCUGGAGUCAGCCGGGGAGCUGCGGCGCCACCUACAGUUUGUAGAGGAAGAGGCAGAACUUCUCCGGCGGUCCAUCUCGGAGAUCGAGGACCACAACAAGCAGCUGAUCUCAGAACUGAACCGCUUCAAGUUCGGCCCGAGAGACGAGGAAGGCGAGGUCGGAGUGAUGAUGAUGAUGAAGUCCGGUAAUGGGAGUAACGGAAGCGGUGUGGUGAUGAUGGAGGAGCUGAAGGCAGCCAGGAUGCAGAUAAACGAGCUCAGUGGAAAGGUGAUGAAGCUGCAGUAUGAGAACAGAGUCCUGAUGUCCAACGUUCAGCGCUGUGACCUGGCCCAACACCUGGGCCUCCGCACCGGCUCCCCACGGGACAGCGAUGCAGACAGCGACACCGGCCGCCGAGACUCCGCAGAGGAGGAAGAGACUGGGAGGCUCCUCCUUCUACACCCCAAGAGGGAGGGGCCUGUCGGUGGCGAGAGCGACUCGGAGGACCUCUUUGAGAAGACCACCACAACCUCGGGGUUUGGAAGUCACAAGCCCUCGGACGAGCUCAGCGGGCUCAGCGCCACCGAACUAUCUAAUCGUAGGCGAGAAGACCGCGAGACGUUCACGAAUGUCAAACGAGAAGCAGAGCGCCUUGGGAAGACCGUAGAUCGUCUCAUUAGCGACACGGAAAGUCUGAUCUAUGACGGAAAUAUUUUAAUAACAGGCGGGGACAGUUUGAGUCUGGCUCUGGAGGGCAUUCAAGAAGACACCACCCGCCUACCUGAUCCCAAACCAGACUCACAGGUCCUGGACACUAUCAACACCCGUAUGAAGGCCUUCCGCACAGAGCUCCAUAUCUUCAUGGAGAAGGUGGAUCACCUGGGAGAGGGCCUGAGGGAGAGGGGAAGUGACCGGGAUCGGGGAGACGACCUGUCACCCUUGCCCAACCUCACUGAGUCCAGUAGCUUCCUGUCUGGGGUCACCUCCAUGUCACGAGACUCGCCCAUCGGCACCCUGGGACGCGACCUGGUCACAGAUUUCCAGGAUGAGGAACGGAGGCGGCUGGAUCCGCAGGGUGUGAGGCCCAGGGGGGGUCUGGAUCUUACUGGCCUGCAGGCCCACGAGGCUCCCUGGGUCCAGGAAAGAACCCUACUGCAGCAGGAGGUCCGGUUGUUCAGACACAACACCAUCAUCUUCUAUAUGAAGCUACGCUGGAUCCUUAUGCACUGGAGGCUGGGGAAGAGGACAGAGGCAGGGGAGGAGACCGCACACGCAGAGAUGGAGGGUAUUCCAGAGCUGAUCUUGGAGCACGGAGAGGGAGAGACGGAGAGAGAGGACAGGGACAGGUCGUUUACCCAGCUACCUCAGGUAGACGGCCCCGAGCCUGACCCCACAACCCAACUCCCCUCCCCUGAACGCCUGCAGCACCAGACACAGGUGGGGGAGAACCGUAGGGUGCUCCAUGCGGUGCGCUCCCUGUUAGAGGAGUUCAGAUCAGAGUUGAGGGAGGAGGAGAACAGGAGGUGCCAGCUGCAGCAGAACUAUGCCAAUGACAAGGCUUCCUGGGAGGUCAAAUGGGCAGAGAUGAAGUGUCACGUUGCUCAGCUGGAAGAGGAGAGACGAGAAGAGAAAGGAGAGGUGAGAGGAGAGACGCAGGUAGGAGGAGGAGGAGGAGAUCCAGACUGGGCCUUUAAACAGGAGCGAGAGGAGCACCGUUGCCUCCUGGCAGAGAGCCACAGCACCUCCCUGGACCUCCACUGGAAGCUGCAGCAUGGAGAGAAGAGGUGGGGGAGGGAGAGGAGAGGCCUACUGGAACGCUUCGACCAGGAGAGACAAGAGUGGGACAGCAACAUGAGAAACAUGCACCACGAGAUGGAGAGGCUACAGAGAGAGCUUAAAGUACGAAGGGGCAGCGAGGGCUCACCAACUGACAUCAAAGAAGGGGAGAGAGCAGGAGGACACAGGGGUGUCUUUUCCCCCCAGGAGAGCCCAUGCAAGGCCCCUCGCUCCCCAAGGUCACCACGCUUUCCUCGCUCUGCCAUCCCAGGCCCUGUUUCCCUCCCCACCCGCUCCCACUCGGACUCAGAGGCCCAUGAAGAGCAGGGGGCUGUAGUGAGGUUCAGAGGCGCAACGGAGAACCUUUUCCUGGACGCUCUGACACUGGACCCCCUGGGUGGCCUGAGGGGCCCACCUCCCUGCAGACUGGACUCUGACAAGAGGUUCCCCUGUUUGAACCAGGCUCUGAAUGAGAUCCCAGACAGAGAGGGCCCCUCGAAGUACCAGGAGGAGGAGGAGGAGAUGGGUUUUGGCAGCCUGCUCAGGGCUAAGUCGGUCUGUUCCAUGAGUGACUUCCAGCGUCUGAUGGACAGCUCUCCAUUCCUGCCUGACAGGGGUCGUCAUGGUGACCGUGGCCGUGACGACGUGACUCCGCCGCUGUCACCCGACGACCUGAAGUACAUUGAGGAGUUCAACAGUAAGGGUUGGGACUUCCCUGUCCCUGGCCCAUCCCCGACACCAGGCCACCACACCCCUACAGCCAUGGAGGCCUGGGCAGAACGGCCCGCUUCAGAACCAUUCCAGCCGGCCUCGUGGUUCCUAACCACCAGCGCCACUUUGACCACCAAUACCCAAUCCAGCCACGAGCCCCCCUGCCCACCACACUGCCAGCGCUCCCCACUCAGGGGAAACGGGGGUAACAUAGGAGGGGGAGCAGGGGUCCACGUCUCCCACAGCCCCACCCGAUCCCCCGGGCCCUCCGAUCAAGACUACCUGUACCCCAAAGGAACUAAGGGGCAAGGGGGUGGGGGUGUUGGUGAGGCAGGGGGUGCCUCCGGGAUUGGGGGGGUAGGAGGUCCAGACGAGGUGUUUGGUGAUGGUAGGUGGCCUCCUUCCUGUCAUAAGGAGUUAUUAGAGGGUGGGGGGGGGGUUGGGGGUCCCAUCCCCACGGUGGGGUACGCGUCGUCUCUGGAGCUGCAGCUGUCACGGAACCUCAGUGAUGACAUGAAGGAGGUGGCCUUCUCCGUUAGGAACUACCGCUCUGGCACCUCGGACCACCUGGAGCAACAGAGACAGCUCCGAGAUAUGGCGUGUCAGACAAAUGGUUUCACCACUCGGGGAACCCAGACCACUCAGACCAUCAGCGUGGGGUUACAGACAGACAUCCUCCGCACCCUCACCAGCUCCCCUCACCGCUGCCUCACCCCUAAAGGAGGCUCCACCCCUAUCUCCUCCCCCUCCAGAAACAUCCGUAAGAUACAGUACUCCCCUGUAGUCCAGUCCAAGUUCGAGCGUCCAUGUUGUUCUCCUAAGUACGGCUCCCCUAAGCUCCAGAGGAAGCUGUCAACAUCAUCGAAGGCUGACCUCCAAGGUGGGGCCUCAAGCUCCACGGCCGGCCCCAGGGCCCCUACCCCUACCACCCCCCAGAAGGGUGCCUCUGAGUCGGCCUGGGCUCGCUCCACCACCACCAGGGACUCUCCGGUCCACACCACCAUCAACGACGGCCUGUCUUGUCUCUUCAACAUCAUAGACCACAGCCCCGUGGCCUACGAACCCCCGCAGUGCAAAUUCACCAAGUCCCCCAGCCGCUCCCGCCCCACCCCCCUUGACCCCUCACCUCCUGGUGAACCCGGUCUACCCCCCUCAGACCUCAAAGACCCAAGAUACCUUGGAGCUGUCCAGGAGUUUCUGAGGAAUGUCCGCGGGCGUUCUCCCAGCCCGGUGCAGCUGAUAGUAGAGACCCAGGGAGGGCCGGGGGGAACAGGGGGGGAGAGGACACCGGAGGUGCUCAGUAUACGCCAGGACCUGUCUGCCCCGCCUGGAUACACCCUAGCAGAGAACGCAGCCCGUCUGCUGAACAAGAAGCUGUUGGAACAGAGCUUCAGGGAGGAGAAGAGACUGGGGUCUGGUGGGUCCUCAGCCCAGGGACAGGGAGGCUACACGAGAGAGGGGCGACAGGCGGAGGGAGACAGGAACCAGUCGGGGUGUUUGGAGGACCUCCCUCGUUCCCCGGUGGCUCCACCCCUGGAGUCGUGUUUCCUGCGUCCGGCGAGGCCAGCCAACCGCCGCCCCCCCUCCCGCUGGGCAGUCCGUUCUCCCUGCUCCUCCCCCCGAGGCUGGCAUGAUGUCACAGGGCGGAGGUUCACCUUCCCCAUGUUGACUGGGACCAGUAAGACUGAAGCCACCUGUAUGCUGGAGCUGGACGAGACUGGACCAGGAACAGGAACAAGACUGGAACCAUCGUCUUCUGCAUGAUAGAAUCGUUGCCCAUUACCCUGUCGUCCUUAACUCCCUUAACUUGCUCAACUCUCUUCCUCCUCUUCCCCUCCCUACUCCUCUCCACCCUCACCUCCUCCCUCUCCUCCUCCUCCCUGAGCCUGUCCAGACUGGGUACCUCAGACCCCUCCGACCCCCCCCCCCCCCCCCCCCCCCUUGUAAAUCGGGGGCUGAGACCCUGUAGCACCAGCUGACCAACCAGGAAGAAAAAGAUCUGGAAUUUAGAACUCUGGAAUGAAAAUGACCUGGAAUGUACUGUAACCAUGACAUCAAAAACAUUGUCAUCAGAGGUGCCUGUACUUGAUUUACUCGUAGUUCCAGCUGAUAUGUGUGUAUGUUAGUCUUAUAAUGGAAACGUUUUUGAGGUGUUGAAAGAAAACAUUAAAACCGUUAUUAUAAUACUGUUUCCAACAUGGUUUUACAAAAGUUCUGUCUGUUUACGUUUUUUUGUUUAUUUUGCAUUACAUAUCAUUUGUUAUAUAUUCUGUGUUUGUGUAAAUUCUCGGGUAAAACUUUUUUCUUAUUAUUAAGUUGACCAUACUUUAUGUUACUGUUCCUUUCGAAGCUUGAAGUCAGACUACUCAGUUGUACUGGUUGAAGAAACAAACGAAACAAACACUACGGUUUCAUGAUGUCAUUUACGAUGCUAAUUGUAUGUAUGUUUUUAUUUCUAUAUGUUGAAGUGAAUGUUGAACUCGGUAAACGUGUAGGAGGAGACAGGGGAAAAUAGCAACUGAAUAACUUUUCUGCAUAUGUGGGGAGGCAGUUGUUGAAUGGCCCCCCUACACCCACGUUCCAAAAAAACAUGGUUUAAUUAUUAUAUAUUUUCUUUAAAAGAGCAAGGUUGGGUUGUUGAUGUUGGGUUAUUUGGUGCUGGGUUAUUGACCUUUGACCCUGCGGGUCAAAUCCGAAGACUGGAGGCGUAGUUCGGAUAGUUAUUUUUAGCCACCCGUGUGAGUAAAUGUUGUUACUGUUCAUCUGUUCUGUUGUAUAGUUAUCACAUGUUGAAAAGUUGAACAUGAGUUUCAAUGAGGUUUACAGAAAUGUACAAGUUCCCUAAAAGCCUAUGCAAAUCCAAUUGCUAGAAUAGAAAUCACCUUAUUAUAAUAUGUGAUGAAUAAUCUUCAUAUUCUAGAAGAAUGUGUAAAAUACAACAACAAAAAAGGAACAAUUUAAUUUGCAGUGUGUAAACUCAGAGACAUGCUCCGGGCUGGAUGUGUCAAUGUGUAGUUCAUACAUGCAUAUUCUUGGAGCAGACUUACUGUCUUACCUCAAUUAGCCACAAAAUCUCUAGUUUGAAAGUGACUGUUUUUUGGGAGGAAGCUCUGCUGUGCCAUUUUCCCAAAAUGCCCCCCCCCCCCCACAUGGGCCAGACCCCUAGCAAUUUGAGUUCUAGAUAAUGAUCUUCAGAGCCUAGCUAGCAAGAUGCACACACAGCAAAAGGGAGAGAGAGGGCAGUGUCAUGGUGCACAUAUGUGAGGUAGUACGCAAUUUUCAGGGACCACUUUUGGCUCUCGAACGCUACUUUUCAAGAACUACUGGAUAAAAUUGAUACAAAAAGUACCCGGAGAAUCUCUUUAACACGAUACACCGGACUGACAUUCACUAUCACGGGUGGCCAAUAAGAUCUAACUGAAAGCCAAGCCCCUAAUAAGCCACGCUUCCUGAAAAUAACCCGAAGGAUAACAUUCAAAAAGACCCAGCAGCUAGAUCAUCCCAGUAUAUACCCAACUGAUGACUAAAUUAACCCAUGUUUUGGGUAAUCCCAAAACCCCAAGAUGUUGUGUUUAUUCAUGCCAACCCACAUGGCUGCGUCAAAAUAACCCAGCGUGUACUCUGUCCAAAAUGGAACCCAGCACUGGGUUACCAAAGAACACAAAUUUAGUUAUUCAAACACAGCAUAUUUGGUGGUCUAAAGUAGUGCACUACGUAGAGAAUAGGGCUCUGGUCUAAAGUAGUGCACUACGUAGAGAAUAGGGCUCUGGUCUAUAGUAGUGCACUA